AUGAAGCACGGUGUAGUUGCACGAGCGAUCGCGCUGGAGCAACGCGGUUUUUCACUGCUCGCAGGACGUCUGCGAGCGGUGUGCUUGGCAACCUGCCAAACUCUGCCAAGUGACUUUACCCGCAUCGAAACUGCGGAACUCAUUGGUAGGGUUUAUAUAUCUCUCGUGUUUGCCGUGCACCUACACAUAUCUGUCAGAGUACCGCCAGAAAUCAGAACUUAA